GCUACGUAAACACUAUUACAAUUAGUUAAAAAAAAAAAAAAAUGAAAAUCUAAUUAUGGGUUGGUUUAGAGUUAAAAAUAGUUUUGGAAAUGUGGAGUUGAAAUGAUAGUGCUAAUCUUUAGGGAAUGUGGAGGCAUUAUUAGAGCAUACAACCCAACAUUUAUGGCAAUGAGCCUCCUAUAAAUACACACCUCAUUUCUCCAAACAUAUGGAAAGAAAGAAGCAAUAUGGCCUCUUCUCUCCCUUGUUCUCUCUCUCUAGUCCUCUCCACUCUUCUCCUCUCCCUCCUUCUCGCCAUAAACGAAAGCCAUGGUUUUAAAGGCCCCGAAUCCAAAUUAGACUACCACGGCGGGCCUCUCCUCACUGGAAAAAUCGACAUCUCCAUCCUCUACUACGGCCAAUUUGGCCGCGGCCAAAAGAGUCUCAUCCGUUGUUUUCUCAAAUCUCUCAACAGUGUUCGCGGGGCCUCUAAGCCCAAAGUAUCAUCCUGGUGGAAAAUGGUGGAGAGCUACCAAUCUUUCACAAGGCAUAGACACGUCCGCAGGGUCCCCAAAAUUCGAGUUAAGGUUGUGAAAGUGGCUACCGAUGCUUCCUACUCGACGGGGAAGGUAAUGACUGCCGAUUUCAUAAAGAUUUUGGUGCAAAAAGCCACUGAAGGGACACACAACACUCUAGCUCUCAUUUUCACGGAUAGACAAGUGACCGUACAAGAGAUGUGUACCGGGAGAUGCGCGCAGCACGGGGUGUUCGGACACCAACCUUAUGUUCUUGUGGGGAACCCUGAGACAGAGUGUCCUGGUGCAUGCGCUUGGCCUUUUCACAAGUCUGAUUUUGGGCCACAAGGAGUGGUGUUACAACCACCAAAUGGCAAUGUUGGGGCUGAUGCUAUGAUUAUAUCAUUGGCAUCAGGAUUGGCUGAUGCUGUGACUAACCCCUUUAAUACAGGCUUCUCACACAUGGGCAGUGGACAUUUUGGUUUGUUGGGCGCUGGAACCAUGUGUCAAGGUAUGUUCGGAAGCGGGGCGUUUCCGGGAUACACUGGCAAGAUUCGGGUCGACCCGAAAAAUGGUGGAGCAUUCAACUUCCAUGGUGUUAAGGGCAAGAAGUUUUUGUUACCUGCUUUGUGGAAUCCUGCAACUUCUUCUUGUUGGACGCCUGUAUAGUCUAACUUAUUUAUGCCCACUAUUACUAUAUUAUGUAUCCAUUCAUUAUAUAUUUUUUUGUAAAGUUAAAACUGAAAUUCAAUUUACCAUUCAUUUUUCUCCUA